UAGAUAUCGGGUUUAUCCGGCUUUGGCCGCUUCGGUUCAGUUCGUCGAUGUAUCUUCGUGUGUUGUUUUUGAGUCCCUAGUGGAGUUUACAGGUGUGAAAGCCAAAAUCCACCAAACUAUAGCCUGCGUCACGCGUACUGUUGUCUGGUGAAGUUCGAAAAACGGUUUUGAUUGGUUGUAUUUUUGGACAGAGGUUAGUGGGAUUAGGUUAUGUCAUUCUCGAACCGUAACCUGUUUUUAAAUGUCUAUUCAUUCCCGCUGCGUGCACGCUGCACGAAUUGCGAUUGGAAUGCAUCGACUGUGAGCGUGGACUACGAUUUGAAAGAGAAAGACUAGCUGACGAGGAUAUUAUGGCUUGAGUUGGCACUACUCGAAACAUGUGAAAUACGGAAGAAUGUUCCUCACGCAGCGCAAGAUGAAACAAGCCGCGUUUUUCAUCGUAUGCGUUCUAUUGGUUAUAGGCUUUUACAAAGGCUGGGCAAAGACUGAGGAAGAACAAUCUUUCAAUGAUAAACGGCUCCGCCAAAUCAAGCAAAACGAGGACAGUUUGAACGAGAUUGAACCUGAAGCCAUUGAAAAGAUGAUGGAGAUGGAUAAUGACGUUCCUUACAUUGAGAUAAAUGAUCUUCAAGAAGCAAAUACUAGGAUUCGUGAACUUGAGGAUAAACUCCAUCGGAUCGAAGCAAAAAUCGAAAGCCGAGUACCUAAAAAUUUCCCGACUGUUAAAUUUUUGAAUUACAAGAAUCGAAAGCGAAUUCUAGUCACUGGAGGGGCUGGUUUCGUUGGCUCGCAUCUCGUUGAUCGCCUAAUGCUUGCCGGGCACGAAGUCAUUGUCGCAGAUAAUUUUUUCACGGGUAGAAAACGAAACGUCGAGCACUGGGUGGGCCACGAAAAUUUUGAACUGGUUCAUCAUGAUAUUGUUAGACCUCUUUACUUAGAGGUGGACGAAAUUUAUCACUUAGCUAGUCCUGCAAGUCCACCGCAUUAUAUGCAUAAUCCAGUAAAGACAAUUAAGACUAACACCGUUGGGACUAUUAAUAUGUUAGGACUGGCGAAAAGAGUUGGUGCUAGGGUCCUUAUUGCUAGUACAUCAGAGGUUUAUGGCGAUCCUGACGAACAUCCUCAGUCUGAAACAUAUUGGGGCCAUGUUAAUCCUAUUGGACCCAGAGCCUGUUAUGACGAGGGUAAGCGGGUAGCCGAAACGUUGAGCUACGCCUACAUGAGACAGGAAGGAGUGUCAGUCCGCGUAGCUCGCAUUUUCAACACCUUUGGUCCAAGGAUGCACAUGAACGAUGGCAGAGUUGUGUCAAAUUUCAUUUUGCAGGCCUUGCAAAAUGAUUCCAUCACAAUUUACGGAAACGGAAAACAAACACGCUCGUUUCAGUAUGUCUCUGACUUGGUUGAUGGACUGGUGGCCCUGAUGGGAUCGAAUUACACUUUGCCAGUAAACAUAGGAAAUCCCAUUGAACAUACAAUCGAAGAGUUCGCGUCAAUGAUAAAAGAACUGGUUGGAGGGACCAGUAAAAUCGUGGAGCUUGCGGCAGUUGAGGACGAUCCGCAGAGAAGAAAACCGGACAUUUCAAGAGCGAAAAAGUAUUUGGACUGGGAGCCAAAAGUUCCAUUGUCCGAGGGUCUUGAACAGACGGUUGCGUAUUUUAGGAAAGAAUUACAGAGGACAAAACACUCACAGAAAGAUGAAUUUGAAACAAAGACAAAGGCGUCGUUGAAGAACGACCACGACAUAAUCGAACAGUUGUAAAAAUUUUUGAGUGAAUAGAGCAGGACGACAGAAAAUUCGUGAAUGAUCAUGAUGCCAUCUUCACUUUAGAUGGACAAACCAUUAUGUGCCAAAUAAUGCGCCGUCCAACAACUCUAAAUCCGAUUGAAAAAUAAAAAAUAUUCAAUUCUGUCAAUACCCACCGAGGAUUUGACCCUAAUCUGCUAUGCUCGUAAUUUUAGUCGUAAUCUCUCGUUUUUAACAAUACCGUCAUAUACUUCGAGCGACAUGGACAAUGUAACUGAUUUGGAGAAUGAUUUUUCCCCUAAGGAGGAUAUUUAGUGCGUCUAUUCGACUUGAGUGUACGGUACGUAAUCGAAAGUGACGUCAUAUUAGAAAUACAUUUUUGAGCUUCAAACAUUAAUAAUCAAAAUGACGACCGAAUUAUUAAAGUCACAAAACCAAUUCUUUUUAAUUACUGUUGAGAAUUUGAGCGUACUGCUUCUAAAUCAGUUGGACAACCACACAACUGUGUCGACGUUGCUUUCGAUUUAAGAAUUGACAUCUCGUGUGAUACUUUUCAUAUGUUCUGGUCGUAAGAACAAUUAUAUCUUUUUUUUUUUAUAAAUCCUCAUCUCUGUUAGGUACUCUUGACUUAAUUUUGCAUUAAUGUAACGUGUAAAGUGAAUUUGAGGUUAAAUCAAGAACAAAUUAAUCAAGACUUGUAAUAUAUUGUAUAUUGUGCGUUGUAUAAUAAAUAGCGUAUAUUUAAA